AUGAAGAAACUUUCUCAUGUAGCAAUGAUAAAUUUCAUCUGCAUACUUCUCGCCAUAGCAGCAUAUUUUGACUAUGAGAUAUGGCAGAUGGAUGUGAAAACGACUUUUCUGAAUGGCCACCUUCAGGAUGAAAUCUACAUUGAUCAACCUAAAGGACUCAUAUAUAAACAUGAAGAGAAGAAAGUAAGUAAAGUUCAAAGGUUAAUCUAUGGACUGAAGCAGGCUUCAAUGAGUUAG